AUGGAUAACCACGAGGAUUCGGUUUGUCAGUCAAAUCCGCGCAAACGCCGAAGACCGGCACUCUCAUGCGAGCAAUGCCGCCGCCGCAAGGUGCGCUGCGACCGGGAAAUGCCAUGUGGACCCUGCACCAAGAUCCACCCAUCCCUGAAAUGUCUUUAUGUUAAAGAAGGCAAAGCAGCACUGGAUGCUAGAAUUGAAUCUGCUCCAGAUGAGGAUGAGGAGAAUUCGAUUCUAGGCCCGGAGACAUCACAGCCUUCUAGUCAGAGCGUGGACAGCCGUCGGAUAGCACAGCUUGAACGCAGCGUCCGGGCGCUGCAGGGGCGCGUACAUGAAUUAGAGGGUCUGCAAGGACCCGGUCGGCAGGAACCUGGAUCGAAGAAUGUAGUUGAUGGUCAUGAUGGUACUCGAUCCAGUCAAUCGGAACAACCCCAGACGUUUAUCCCACCUCUGGCUCCUCGGAUCAAGAGUGAUUGUGGGAAUAUGAAAGUAUUCGGCACGACGCAUUGGGCUAUUGUAUUUCAACAGUUCCGUCUGCUGCGUCAAGUCAAGAAUACGGCCAGUUGGUCUGAUGCUGAACACAAUGAGAUCAGCAUGUCUCUAGCGGAGAGCCGAAAAUUAAGACAUCAUAUCAAGAAUCGACAAGCACCAAGACUGGUUGAUCCAGCACCGGGCUUGUUGAAUGACCUACCUUCCAGAAGAACUUGCGAUGAGCUGGUACAGCAUUAUUUCUGUACCCUCGAGCUUAUAUACCGAGUAGUUCAUAUCCCAAGCUUCUAUCGCGAGUAUGAGAACUUCUGGGAUGAGCCUCAAUCUGCGUCAAGAAGUUUUGUUUUCAAAUUGCUGUUGAUCCUAGCAAUCGGCUCUGUCUUCCACUGCAAGCCUGGCCCAUUGAACGAACUCGGUCUCCCUGUUCAGCGAUGGGCAUAUGCAGCGCAAUGGUGGUUAUCUGGUCCAUUUCAAAAAGAGAUCGGCAACUUGGAAGGAUUGCAGGUAUACUGUCUACUUCUCAUCUGCAGACAGGCAUAUGCGAUGGGUAAGGAGACUAAUUGGAUGUCGGCUGGGAAACUUUUACGGAUGGCGAUUAACCAAGGAUUGCAUCGCGAUCCUAGCCACUUCGCAACUAUUUCUAUCUUCGAUGGCGAGAUGCGAAGGCGUAUCUGGGCGACAAUCAUCGAGCUCAAUAUCCAGUUCUCGAUUGAUUCGGCUAUGCCGCCACUUAUUAGUGAGGGGGACUUUGAUACUCGACCCCCAGCCAAUGUGGAUGAUGAGGAACUCGAUCAGUCAAUUACCAUCUUGCCGCCUCUUCAGCUUCCGGAUAUUUUUACAGUUUCAUCAUUGCAAAUCCUGCUUCUGAAAUCUUUCCCUACUCGACUGAAGAUUGCAAAAGUUAUCAACGAGUGCAAUGGCGCGCAAGUUUACGAAAGGGCAUUACAGCUUGGCAAUGGAUUGACGACGGCCUGCAAGGAGAUGGCAGGGCUAAUGCAUACCUACAUUUCCCGAACAAGAAAGUCCAGAUUCAAACCGACACCUUUUCACCACCGCAUCAUGGAUACCGUAUUACGGCGAUUCCUCCUAAAUCUCCACCGACCAUUCACAAUUCAAGCCUCAAAGGAUCCCCGUUUCUAUCUCUCCCGAAAAAUCAGUCUUGAUUCUGCCCUUAUCAUGGCUUCUUAUGGAGAUAUUCCCAUCGUCCCUGGUACAGAACUUCAGCCUUACCAAUAUUUCCAAAGACUCGCACUCUCCGGCGCAGGAUCAUUCAAAGCACAUCUCUCACUAGAUGUCAUAAUAGUGAUAUCCCUCGAAUUAAUCACCCAAAUUGAAGAAGACUACUCGGCACAGCCAUCAGGCUCUUCACCAAUAACACCAACCGCAGUGGACCAAAUCUCACAAGCAGCUCGUGUCCCACUGGUUCAGGCACUGGAUCGCAUAAAAGGUCAUCUAUACGAGAGUCUGGCAGCGGGUAUUCCCAGCACGAAGAGAUACUGCUUAUUAGCUGGUGUACUGGCGCAGAUUGAAAGUGUUCCGUUGCAGGAACAGGCUGAGUGGGCUCAUAUCCGUGAGGCGUUUAUGACUAGUAUGAAUGUUUGUCAGUCGCUUUUGCAGAAUUAUAUCCAUGAGAAUGCAUCUGCGGACGGGGAGAAGAUUCUUGGGCAAUCGAUGGAUCAAAUGUGGACGCCUGAGAGUGGGCUUGGCUCUAGUUUGAGCUCGGAUCUUAUGUUUCCUGACUUGGGUUUUGAGGGAUUGAAUUUCUGGGAUCUGCCUCCUUUUGUUGAUACGAGUGCAUUUGAGCCACCUUUAUGA